AUGUGCGAACCAGUGAAUAAAGUUGUUCUCCGGGUUCCCGCUACGACCGCAAACUUGGGUCCCUCAUAUGAUGUACUUGGUAUGGCUCUAUCUAUCUUUAUGGAGGUGACGGUGGAGCGGGCUGAGGAGUUUUCAGUUCACUUUGAGGGUCAAGGAAGUGAAUACAUUCGCACUGAUGAUGAAAAUAUGCUUGUAAAGAUGUGCCGUCUUGCCUUUACAGAUUACGCUCACAAAGAGAUGCCACCCCUUAAAUUUUCUAUGAAAAGUGAUAUUCCAUUCGGAUGUGGGUGUGGUUCUUCCUCUGCAGCUGCUGUAGCGGGUUUUGUAGCUGGAAUGAAACUCUGCGGUCUUACAAUGGAGACCAAACAAAAGGAGUCGCUACUUCAAGUGAUUGCCAAAUGUGAAGGUCAUCCAGACAAUGCGGCUGCCGCACUUUAUGGUGGAAUACAGUUGGGAUAUAAAGAUAAAAAUGGUGACUUUUGGACAUAUCGUGUCCCCACUCCACCCUCUCUCUUUGUUGUAUUGUUUAUUCCGAAAGCAAAAAUGAAGGCAGAUACACAUGCAACACGUGGUCUAGUUGCUGAUACUGUACCACUUGAGGAUGCAGUGUAUAAUAUUUCUCGAGCUUCUAUUCUUAUUUUGGCACUGUGUACUGGUGAACUUCGUCUACUAAAAUCUUGCGAUGAUAAAUUUCAUCAAAAACAACGGGCUGAUGCUCUUUUUCCACAUUUUUUCCCCUGUGUUGAUGCUGCUAUGGCUGCUGGCGCUCACUAUGCUUUCCUUUCUGGUGCUGGGCCUACAGUGUGUGCUUUUGUUGGCGGUCGUCGCGGUGAUCCUCUCAUUUUACCGCAUGAUGAACGAAGUGCUGAGUCCGUUGCUGAAGCUAUGCUAGCAGCUGGAAGAUCUGUUGGUGUCGAGGGUCGCGCCGUGAUCACACAUCCUUCAGAUCAAGGGGUACAUUUCGUCGGUGUAAAAUCCGUCCGUCCUGAUUGUGAUUAUAUAUCAGUCUGA